GACCAAUCAGAGCGAUCGGCGGGUCUCGGGCCGUUGCUGUGCUGACUUGUCACAGUUUUGCUAAAACAAUAUAACGUUAUUAGAUAGCAUGGCGUCGUUUGUGACUGAAGUUCUCGCCAGCUCUGGCAAACUGGAGAAGGAGGACCUGUCCAGCAGGAUAAGCAAAAUGUCGCGCAAGGUGGAGGACACAAAGGAAGAAGUGUGUGACAUGAUAAACAAGCGGUACAGUGAUUUCCUGCCUAGUCUCCAGUCAUCAGAGGAGCUGAUGCUACAGGUUGAUGCGGUCUCCAAAGAAAUGGACACUCUAAAAAGUUGCAUUGAGAAUGAGGUGCAGAAUGUCCACGUGGCUGUGACUGAAUAUACAAAACUGAAGCAACAGCUGGAGAAAAAUACCAUCAUUAUAACAAUGCUUGGACACCUAAAAGAGUUUCACAGUGCAAUGGAAGAAUUCAACAAGGCUUUACUGGAGAAGAAGUAUGUUGAUGCAGCCAACCAGCUGGAAAAGGCGAGGAAGAACGUGGAGGCACUGAAGGGCUGGAAGACUUCUGAGCUGCCACUUCUCAGUGCCCUCAGCUCUGAGUUGACAGUGCAGAGGGAAAAUCUAAUUUACCACCUGGGAGAUGAAUGGAAGCGCCUCGUCAUCUGGAAGUUACCGUCCACAAAAGAGCCUGUGGGUGAGAAGUCCUUCCUGAAGGUGGAGCUGAAACUGAGCAGUGCUUGCAGUAAAGAUGAUGAACCAAAACCACCUGCACUGCUGAGCUGUGUCCUGCAAGCGCUGGCCAUCCAGGGAGACCUUCAGCAUAAGAUCAAGCUCUUCAGUCAGGUGCUGCUGAAGAACAUGUUAAAGCCAUUAGUGAUGUACGCGUCGCUGUCAGUGAGGGUAACGGAGCAGCAGGGGGAUGGAACCACACUGGCCUUGCAGUGUUUGGAGGAGAGCCACGAGGAGCGAUGCACACCCUCACAGGUCUACAACAAACUGCUGCUGGUACUCAAGACACUUCAUUCAUACCUCCUAGAUGUGUCUAUUGGUGAUAAAAAGCUCUCAACUAUCCUGGGGGAGCUGAUUUGGGAGGACAUGUCCCACACCAUCAUACAUGAGUGCCUGGUCCACUCCAUCCCCACCAACAGCAGCCAGCUGGAGAAAUAUAACACUGUGAUAAAGGAAACAGAGGAGUUUGAGAAGUCUCUAAAGGAGAUGGAAUAUCUGCAGGGUGAUUCCACAGACCUGCUCAGAUAUGCCAGAGAUGUCAACUGCCACUUUGCCAGCAAGAAGUGCAAGGACGUCAUCGUGGCCGCCCGUAAACUCAUGACCUCCAAGAUGCACAACACUGUUAAAAUCACACCAGAUUCAAAGUUGCGUCUCCCAAAGCUGCCAGCUCCAAGUUCAGAGGUCAAGGUGAAGCAAGAGAGCUUCAAGGAGGAGGUGACAAUGGAGAACUCAAAGCAGCUGUCUGCGUGGAGUCUGCGCCUGCCAGCCUGUCGCAUCAGUGAGUCAGUGCAGCAGCUGAUGGAAUUGGCAAUCGACACUCUAUGCGAAGCUGUUGGAAGCUCAACACAAUGUGCUUUGCAGCUCUUCUUCACUGUGAGGAACAUUUUCCAGCUGUUCUACGAUGUCGUGCCAACGUACCACAAGGAGAACCUGCUCAAAUUUCCUCACCUAGCUGCCAUCCAGCACAACAACUGCAUGUACCUGGCCCAUCAUCUGCUCACCCUGGGCCACCAUUUCAGAAACCACCUGCCACAGUCUCUCAGCGAGGGCGUUGCGACUUUCGUUGACAUGGUGCCUGGAUUCAGGAAAUUGGGAGCCCAGUGCUUCUUAGCCCAGCUGAAUGUUCAAAGAGCUGAACUGCUGGAGCGACUUUCCACUGCUCACAACUUCUGCAACCUGGAUGAUGAAGAGAACUACACAGCAGCCAGCAAAGCAGUAAGGCAGGUCAUUCAUCAGUUGAAGCAGUUGGGGACAGUCUGGCAGGACGUCCUUCCUGUCAGCAUCUAUUGUAAAGCUAUGGGCAACCUCCUCAACACAGCCAUCACAGAGGUCACUGCCAAAAUUAUGAUGCUAGAGGACAUUUCCUCUGAGGAUGGGGAGCACCUCCACACUUUGUGCCAAACCAUCAUUGAGGAAGGCCCGCUGGUCUUCAUCCCUCUGGCUGAGGAAAAGAAGAAUAAGAGAUAUCAGCAGGAAGUGCCGCUCUAUGUGAGGAAGUGGGGAACCUUCAAGGAGCUCGUCAUCGUGCUGCGGGCCAACCUGCAGGAGAUCGUUGACAGGUGGACUGACGGUAAAGGUCCGCUGGCUUUGGAGUUUUCCAGUUCGGAGGUGAAGAGUCUGAUUCGAGCCUUGUUUCAGAACACAGAGAGGAGAGCUGCAGCUUUGGCCAAAAUCAAAUAGGUUCGUUUACAAAACAAAACCCCAAGAAGAUACUACAGCACUUUUCCACUGUGGGAAAUAAGGAACCAUGCCUUUACUCAUUUCCAUUUUCUGUUCUGUGCAUAAAAUAUAAACAUUUACAUGUAUGCAGGCUGAACAGCUUGACACAGAAAUGGUUGAGGUGUUGUCACUGGGGAUAUAAGACCUGUCAGCAUCUAGCAGCCACACAGCUUUGGGGGUUACUGCUCCCCAGCCAGCUGAGGUUGUGUCACCAGAAACUUGCCAUCUGUUGACGUGAUGCAGGAUUCGGGGUUAACUUUGCUGCACUUCAUUAAUCAAACCUAAAGACGUGAUUUCAGGAGUUUAUUAGUUUGAACCUAAGCGCCUCUAAAUGACCUUAAAGUUGUGACAAAACCCAUUCUGGACUUACUAAUACAAAUUUUCUUGUUCAAGCAUUGAAACUGAAUUUUUCCAUGAUGUAUGUGUGUGUGUACAUAUAUAACUUAUCCAAAUAAACCAAAA